AUGCGCUUCGGAAUCUCCCUCACUCUCGUCGCGGCAGCAUGCGGCGCGGUCAUGGCCCUUGAGGCGCCCCAUGGUGGUAGCUGCUCUUCAGGACAGCUGGCAUGCUGUGACGGGUCUAGCUCCAAUGGCCAGAUAGACGGAUGGAGCUGCCAAGCUGUUGACAACGCCCAGAACUGCUUUGCUACCCUGGCUUGUUGUCCCGCGGAAUCUGGACAAAUUGUCGAAGGCGCUUGUAUAACCAACGCUUGA